AUGAUCCGCAGUGACUUCAGCAGUUUUGGCAUGAACCUGACUGCUUCUGAGAUGUACUCUCUCGGACCAGCUGGCCCCUCGGACCACCUAAGUUCCCCGUGGGUUGGUAUGGGAGAUGUACAACAACACCUGAGUGACUUCCCUGGACACACUCAGGGUGUCGAUGCGGAGGACUACCCUCUUGCUACCUAUGGAGCCCCCACACCUCAUGGAACCGAGAUGGAUUUUGCCGAGGAACUCCGGAAACAAUGCGCAUCCCCCAUCAAGAGGUUACAGUCCCGCAGCCCUGGCAUGGCCUCGAAGAGGAGGUUAACAAAGUCCUCUGCCAUCACCAAGCCGCCAAGGCUGGCGCCUGCCCCAACCUCAUCAAGAGUCCCAACUUUGGGUUUGACAGAAAACAAUGGCCUCGCUUUCCAAGGCACAGGGAGCCAGUUUUUGGAUGUGAACCAACCCCUUUUCCAAGACGCAGAGCAGACCGACAACCUCUCCGGCCAGAUGUACUUUCAGUCCAUGGCUUCCCUCGACCUUGACAUAAACUCUAGCAUCCCCUUUGGCGAGAUCACCCCCAUGCACGUGGAUCCCACCCACAUGCAACUAGAUCCUGACAAUGCUAGUCUUACUGCCACCUCCAGUCCCCACUCCUGGACUGCUACUUUUACCCCUCCCCAAUCCCCCAACGCCGACGAGGCCUGGUAUCAGGCUUCUCUCGCGUCUUCCGAGAGCGCGGGGUCCUCGCCCGAGGGCUAUGGCAUGGGCCAAACCUACUCGCUCGGUCAGGAUCUCGGUAUCCAGGGGCUUGCUUCUGGUGAUAUGACCACCAUCGGCCACGAUGACGCGUUCGCCGUCUCUAAUGGCGCAUCGCGUCGGCCCAAAUUUGAAGGGGAGACUGCAAGGGACCACCACCUCUACAAGACUGCGGUCCCCAAAUCUGAUGGCCUUUUCCACUGCCCGUGGGAGGGUACCCAGGAUUGCCACCACAAGCCCGAGAAGCUGAAGUGCAACUAUGACAAAUUCGUCGACUCUCACCUCAGACCCUACCGCUGCAAGGUUGAUUCCUGCGCCGAUGCGCGCUUCUCUUCUACAGCUUGCCUGCUUCGCCAUGAGCGCGAGGCCCACAGGAUGCAUGGUCACCAGGCCUAUAACUGCACCUAUGCGGGCUGCGAGCGCUCCCUCGAUGGUAAAGGGUUCCCUCGGGCCUGGAAUCUCAAGGAUCACAUGAGGCGUGUGCACAACGACAAUGGCGUCGGCCCCAUUGCUGGAUCCCAGCAGCGCGGAGGCGUCGUCGAAGAUCAAGCCAAGGCGCGGAGGAAGAGCAAGUCAUCGCCCGUGUCUUCCGCUGGAAUCCGCAAGUCGUCCAAGGCAAUGGCCGCAGACGUAGAAACCGACCGCUUGCAGCAGGCAUUGCUCGAGUGGGACGACCAUCACAAGAACCUCCAGGCCACCGUGCAGCAUCUUGGAAAGGCUAACGAGGCCGAAACCCGCAAGCAAAUGAAGAAGGCCCAGAAGCUCCUAGAUCAGUUGGUGACUGCCUAUGAACGCGUGAACACCGAGCCUUCUGCUUCUCGUCGACGCUCCCACGGAGAUUGA